UCACCACGUUUUCAACUAGGGGACAGGCUGUGUGUGCUUCUUACAGCGUGUGAAAAUAUUCGCACACUCACAACGUCUUGGCUAGCACGCGAAGUCAGUUGCUCCUUGGAAUUUCUGUGUGUUUGCGAGUGCGAGUGCGAGUGCGAGCUAUAGCGAAAGCGAUAGUGACAAAGUGAGCGCGGCUGUGAGUGCGAGUGUGAAAAAAAUUUGUGGCUAACAAAAGGCAUUCUAAUUUGCCUGCCUAUAAAAAAUCAAUAAUAUUAAAAAACGAAAGCAGAAAAAAUAACAACAAAAGCCAAAGAAAAACGUAACAAAAAGUAGCAGGCAAGAAAAAACAACAAUAAACGGACAGGUGUGCAAUAGAAUCAAAUGAAUCAACAACUACAAAAACAACAACAAGAACCACUAGUUAAACCACCUAUGCUACUCAUAAAGAGCAACAACUAAGCAGCAACAAUAACAACAAUAAAUACACCAACAACAAGUACGAUAGCUAAAGCAACAACAACAACAAACAUGUCGGAAAGCAGCGACAACAAUGGCGACCAGCAGAGCCAGGGCCAGGGGGCGGAGGGCGAAGCUGUGGGCGAAAACAAAAUGAAGUCACGUCUGCGUAAGGGAGCACUCAAGAAGAAGAACGUCUUCAAUGUAAAAGAUCAUUGCUUCAUCGCGCGAUUCUUCAAGCAGCCCACAUUCUGUUCCCAUUGCAAGGAUUUCAUCUGCGGCUAUCAAUCGGGAUAUGCAUGGAUGGGCUUUGGCAAACAGGGAUUCCAGUGUCAAGUCUGCUCGUAUGUGGUGCACAAGCGUUGCCAUGAAUAUGUCACCUUCAUCUGCCCCGGCAAGGAUAAAGGCAUUGAUUCCGAUUCACCAAAAACUCAGCACCAUUUCGAACCAUUCACAUACGCAGGACCCACGUUCUGUGACCAUUGCGGUUCUCUACUCUAUGGCAUUUACCAUCAGGGUCUGAAAUGUUCAGCAUGCGAUAUGAACGUUCAUGCCCGCUGCAAGGAGAACGUGCCCAGCUUGUGCGGCUGCGAUCAUACAGAGCGACGUGGACGCAUCUAUCUCGAGAUAAAUGUCAAAGAGAAUCUACUCACAGUGCACAUCAAGGAGGGUCGCAAUCUAAUACCCAUGGAUCCCAACGGCUUGAGCGAUCCGUAUGUGAAGGUCAAGCUGAUACCAGAUGACAAGGAUCAAUCGAAGAAGAAGACGCGCACGAUCAAGGCGUGCCUGAAUCCCGUGUGGAAUGAGACUCUAAGCUACGAUCUGAAGCCGGAGGAUAAGGAUCGCCGCAUUUUGAUCGAGGUCUGGGACUGGGAUCGCACCUCGCGUAAUGAUUUUAUGGGCGCUUUAUCGUUUGGCAUUUCGGAGAUCAUCAAGAAUCCCACCAAUGGCUGGUUCAAGCUGCUCACUCAGGAUGAGGGCGAGUACUAUAACGUGCCCUGUGCGGAUGAUCAGCAGGACUUGCUUAAGCUCAAGCAGAAGCCGUCGCAGCGCAAGCAGCCAAUGAUGCGUUGCGACACACACACACAUUCGCAGUCCAAAAAGGAUAUGAUAAGAGCUACAGAUUUCAAUUUCAUCAAAGUGUUGGGCAAGGGAUCUUUUGGAAAGGUGUUGUUGGCAGAGCGCAAGGGCAGCGAGGAGCUGUACGCGAUUAAGAUACUCAAAAAGGAUGUGAUCAUACAGGACGAUGAUGUCGAAUGCACCAUGAUUGAGAAGCGUGUAUUGGCGCUGGGCGAGAAGCCGCCGUUUCUUGUCCAGCUGCAUUCUUGCUUUCAGACAAUGGAUCGUCUGUUCUUUGUCAUGGAGUAUGUGAACGGCGGUGAUCUAAUGUUCCAAAUCCAACAAUUCGGUAAAUUCAAGGAGCCCGUUGCCGUCUUCUACGCUGCGGAAAUUGCAGCUGGUCUUUUCUUCUUGCAUGCCAAAGGCAUUUUGUACCGGGAUCUCAAGCUGGAUAAUGUGCUCCUAGAUGCAGAUGGACACGUAAAGAUCGCCGACUUUGGUAUGUGCAAAGAGAAUAUUAUGGGAGAGAAGACGACCAAGACCUUCUGCGGCACACCGGACUAUAUAGCGCCAGAGAUCAUUCUCUAUCAGCCCUAUGGCAAGUCUGUGGAUUGGUGGGCCUAUGGUGUGCUGCUCUAUGAGAUGCUCGUGGGUCAGCCACCGUUCGAUGGCGAGGAUGAGGAGGAGCUAUUCGCAGCCAUAACCGAUCACAACGUAUCCUAUCCCAAGAGUCUCAGCAAAGAGGCCAAGGAGGCGUGCAAGGGCUUUUUGACUAAGCAGCCCAGCAAGCGCUUGGGCUGUGGCUCCACCGGUGAGGAGGAUGUGCGCUUGCAUCCAUUUUUCCGACGCAUCGACUGGGAAAAGAUAGAAAACCGCGAGGUGCAGCCGCCGUUUAAGCCAAAAAUUAAACAUCGCAAGGAUGUGUCCAAUUUUGAUAAGCAAUUCACAUCAGAGAAAACAGACUUGACGCCCACGGACAAAGUGUUUAUGAUGAAUCUGGAUCAGUCAGAGUUUGUGGGCUUCUCCUAUGUGAAUCCCGAGUAUAUUGUCAGCCCAUAA